AUGGCCGAGAUAGCCCCAAAAAACACAGUUUCAGAAGCAUGUCACGAGGAAGAUGACCUGUCUCUGCCUCCACCUCCCCCUAUCCCACCCAGACCUCAGAACUAUGAAGAGUCCCCAGCAACAGGUGGCCCCAACCAAGCCUUCAUCCCCGUGCCGCCACCAAAGGAAACCUUCUCGACAUUCUACCAACAGCGACAGAAGAAUGAGCUGAAAAGACUCUUCAAACACAUUCACCCAGACCUGAGGGAAAACAUCAAUGAUGUAGUCGAUGAUGAGCUGGUUGCGGCGAUGCAAUCUGGAGGUGCCCAGACUGCAGCGGAUGCAGGGUACCAGGGCGAGGUCCAGUCCAUGAGGUGGAUCUUUGAGAACUGGACCCUGGACAACAUUGGGGACCACCCCCACAUGACCAAGAAGCUUCUGGAAGAUGAGACUCUUCAAGGCGGUGAUGUCAGAGGAACAUCCUCCAUGUUCGAGCACUGCAUGGUGGACGGAACCCAACAGUUUGUCCAAAGGCAGAGUUCAGUCCGAGGGGAUGUCCGGACAUCGACGUGGCUGUUUGAGACCCAGCCCAUGGAUACACUCAACAAACUCAAGCCAGAGGAGGGCGAGCUGGUCGAGGCUGUUCUCAAGGAACCGAUUCAGAUUGGAGACGUGAGAGGAGCUCGGCUGCUCUUCGAAUCCAAGCCACUGGACGCCUUAGGCCGUUGUAGCUCUGUAGAGGACCAGAGCUUCCUCAAGCUGAAGUCAGAGCUCCAGGAGCAGAAAGGAGAUGUGAGGAAGACAGUGAAGCUCUUCCAGGCCGAUCCUUGCUGCGCCCUCAGAGACGCAAGCGGCAACAUCCACAAGAUUAAGUCCAUCUGCAGAGAGGAGAUCUGUAGCAGCAACAUUAGCACGGCACGCUGGCUCUUCGAAACUAAGCCUCUGGACAUCAUCAACAAGGGGACAUCCGGGAUGCAGAUCAUCCGGGGGAUAUCGCUGGAGGAAGGGCAGAAAGGAGGGGUGGACAGGAAGAGAUGGAUGUUUGAGACUCAGCCAUUCAACACCAUCCGGGAGGAGGGCAUAGAAGACCGGUUUCAGGGGACAGUGGUCGAAGUUGUGCCUGACGCUGAUGUUGGGAACAAACUAAAGAUGUUUGAGACCCAGCCCUUGGCAGCACUGAAAGGAGACUCCACAGAAGUAACUCUGGAGAAGGAGGAGAUACUUGGAGGAGAUGUCAAAUCCUCCCUCUGGCUCUUCGAAACACAACCCAUGGAAACAUUGAAGGAACGCUAUGAAGUUGGGCAUUUGAAGAAAGUGAUCCUCUCCACUGAUGAACAAGGAGAAGUUAAAGGCAAAAAGCACAUGUUCGAGAACUACAACAUUAGAAAAGAGACCUUAGUCGGAGCAGAAAUCCCAAGUAAAGAUCAUGAGAUUGAGAAGGGUGACGUUAAAUCAUACAAGCAUCUCUUCGAAACAAUUCCCCUUUGCAAUAUCACCCAAUCUCAGGAGGAAGUGCUGAACGGAAAUACAGAAAAUGACAUCACGGCAGGAGAUGUGAAAGGAAACAGAACGCUCUUCGAGACAACACCAUUAUAUGCGAUCAAAGACUGCUCUGGGAAUUUCCACGAGGUCACAACUGUCAACAGAGAGGAGUCCAUCAAAGGAAGUGUCCAAAAUUACAAGUGGAUGUUCGAGACCAAGCCCAUUGACCAGUUUGAGGAGGGAAAGAAGAAUGUUGAGGUUAUCAAAGGAAUCACCAGGCAGGAGGAUAGGUCAGGAGAUGUCAAGAUGGCCAAGUGGCUCUUUGAGACACAGACCAUUGAUGGCAUCCAUUCCAAUUUCAACCAGUCAGAGCAGCAGCAGAAUUCAACAGAGCAACAGAAGGAGACUAGGAAAGGUGAUGUCAAGACCUGCAAGUGGCUGUUCGAGACUCAGCCUAUGGACAUUUUGUACGACAAAUCAGAAAAGAUCCCAGAUAAAGAAGAAGAGAUUGAGAAUACCAAUGUGAAGUCUGUCACUUGGCUUUUUGAAUCACAGGCUCUGGAUAGCAUUAAAGACAGUGAGGAGCAAAGUUUUAAAUUAUGCAGUACCAUUCAGGAUGGUGUCAAGGCUGAGGUUGGUGUGAAAACAGUGAAGCACCUUUUCGAGACAGAGACUUUAGAUAGGAUAAGGAAGGACACAGACACAGAGCAAGAUGUUAGAUAUGUCAGCGAGUUGCAUGUCCAGUCUGGCGAUGUUUCUAGGGUAAAGGAGAUCUUUGAGUCCAAGUCCUUAGAUGAAAUAGGUUCAGAGUCUAUAAAAGUGUGUAAUGAAGACGAAAGCAUUCAGAAAGGAUCCGUGCGUAAAUGCACCUGGCUUUUUGAGAACCGUCCCAUCAACACGAUAAACGACAAGGAGGAAAAUGGCCCAGACAUGCAUUGUGUCAAUGACAUGGAGGGUGGUGACGUCCAUAACAAGAAGUUCAUCUUCGAAACAUUCUCUCUGGACAAGAUCCAUGAUAAAGAUCAGUUUCUGGAACACAGGUCGGAAUCUGUGGAAAAGCCAGUGAGCAAUGUCGAUGUCAAGUCCAGCACCAUGCUAUUUGAAUCCCAGCCACUGUACGCCAUUAGAGACAAGGAAGGCCAGUUCCACGAGGUUACCACAGUCCAGAAGGAGGAAGUGAUGAGUGGCGAUGUGAGAGGAGCUCGGUGGAUGUUCGAGACGAAGCCCCUCGAUGCCAUCAAGGCGGAAAAGGAGAUCUACGUGAUCCGAGCUGUCACCCAGGAAGAUGUAAAAAAGGGUGAUGUCAAGUCAGCCAGGUGGAAGUUCGAGACCCAGCCUCUGGACUCCCUAACAGCUAAGGAGGAAGACGAGGAACCCACAGUCAAGGUUGUGGAAGACUUCGGAAACCGAAAUGUGAAGCUCAACAAACAGCUCUUCGAGUCUGACCAGUCAGCCAGUAAGAAGUAUGUGAGGAUGGUUAGUGUGACAGAUGUUCAGCAAGGCGAUGUCAGGACGUCCACCUGGCUCUUUGAGAACCAGCCCAUCGACAGGCUGAAGGGAGAGCCAGAGGAGCAGGGCCCUGUCCAGACGGUCCACAGAGAAGACAACCACAAAGGAGAGGUGAAACGCUGCACGUGGCUGUUUGAAUCCCAGACGCUGGACAAGAUCAAGGAUACUGAAUCCAAUAUGAAUGCAACACAGGUCGUUGAGGAGGAGAUCCCAAAAGCAGAUGUGAAGAGCACAACCUGGCUGUUUGAGACCACACCCUUAGACAAAAUUGUCACAGUUGAAAGUGUGAUUGACACGCUGUCUCGUCUACAUCAGCUUGAAUUCAUCCACUCAAGUGGAAUCUUAAUAGAGGCAAAAGAGAUCACAAACGUCAACAUGGUUAAAUACCAAUUUAUUAAAACUGAGGGAGCACAGAUUCAGAAGGAGGAGAUAGUUGAAGGGAACAUCAGAAACAUCAUGCUACAGUUAUUGUCCAGAUCGACCCUGAAGCCCCAGAUCACUCUUCUAAAAGAGGUAGAACAGGGUAAAGUUCAGACAACAGUAUUAGAAGUCGCAGUCAAUCAGCCAGCAUCUACGAACCAAGACAAAGAUCAAAGUAUACAGAAACUCAUCGAAAGCUUGCUUGUUCAAGAUAAGCUGAUGAAGAAGGGGAUCGUCAUGCAGGAAUCUGAGGGAGGACAUGUAGAGAUGACUGUUUACUCCCUUCAUUGUCAAACUAAAAUGGAUAGUCAAGACAUUACAAGGGGAGAUGUGAAGUCAACUAUAGGCAACCUGUUAGCUACUGCUAACAAUCAGAGGACAACCGCUUCAUGUAGACUAGAUGAAAAUGAAAAGGGAAAUGUCGACUUAUACAGGAGUUGCAUAGAGAAAGGAGAUCUCCAAAAACUGAAGAGUCUUCAAAUACAGCAAUCAGAAUUGGAUGAACUUGACCUCAUGACAAAGGAACAGAUUGAGAUUGUGCAAGGCGAUGUGAAGGAGGCGAAGAAAAAUCUUCAGAAACAGAAGGAUCAAGUGGAACGUACCAUUUCAGACGUCUUACCAGGGGAUGUGAAGAAUGCCAAAAGAGUCUUUUCUACAGAGGGUUCCAUUGACCUUAGUGUUGAAAACUGCAUUUCUAAAGAAGAGAUCAUCCGUGGGGAUAUCUCCUCAGCUAAGCAGCAACUUGCUUUAAAACAGACUCUCUCUAUGGAAAAGGAGGAAAUCGUGGCCGGUGACAUCAAAGCUACUCUGCAGUCUUUAGAAAGAGCAAAGCAACAGAGUAUGCACUUGGAACGCGAUAUCAUAACCCCGGGAACUAUCUAUGACAUGGAUCUAGCAACACAGGGGCCGGAAUCAGAGGGAAACCAGACACAGAAAGAGGAAAUUGUAUCGGGAGAUGUGAAGGCAGCGAAGCAGUCCCUCGAGCUGGCAAAGAACCAGAGUCUAUGUGUGGAGCGUGACAUCAUCGUGCCAGGAAAAAUAUACAAUGUCAACAUCUCAUCUCAAGAACAGAGCUCCACGACAGUGAGGCAGUCUGCGUCUUCGUCAACCUCCAGAAGCCAGCGGAUCACGACGACUUUCCGAAAGGUCAGUGACGCAGAGAGAGAUCAGGAGACAAUUGAGGCUUGCCAACAGGGCUACGUGUCAAGGAGUUCAGAUGUAAUAUAUGUUAGCGCAGCGGAUUCACCGCCAGCAGUCUCCAGCAAAGAGGCAGAAGCAGAAGUGGUGAGAGGAGAUAUAAAAGCUGCUAUUAGGUCUCUGCACAGUGCUGCAACAGAGCAGAGACCGCUAGUAGACAAACAGGAAAUUGUAAGAGGUAAUAUGCAGAUGGCGCUGCAAUAUCUUGAAAAGUCUAGUAUAAAUGUGUCCAAAGGAGACUAUAAAGCUGCCAUGCUAUACAGGAACUCAGGUAAAGCUUAUGCAGGGAGCAGAAAGAAAAGGGAUGCAGAGACUGUGAAAAAGCAGUGUGUUAUAGUAUCUAUGCCUCCAUCUGACACUGAAUUGUCUCCUUCGGUUUCAGUAACUCUUGGCGAACCGCCAGCCAGCGCAGCACAGACUUCAGCAACUGUCACUUUUACAAAUCUUGAUGAAAACCCCAAAACACCCUCCACUGAAGCCCUAAGGCCACCUCCACUUCCACCCAAAGCAAAUGAAAAAACACAAUACCAGAAGCCGGCUCUACCACCAAAACCACAACGCUCAAAACAAACACCCAGGGACGCAACAGAGAAUACCGCCCCUCCUCCAAAAACACCUAGCCCGAUUAAAGGUAACCAGCAAAACCCAGUCAUUCCCCCAAAAAUGAAACCAGGGAACCCAUCUCCCCCUCCUCUGCCUCAGAAACCUUCAUCAAAUAGACAACAAACCACAAAGGACUCACAACCCGAAUGUAUUAAUAAAGCAAAGCAAUACUCACCUCAGGCCAGUGCAACCAAUAACAUCCCAGCCGAGUACACAAAGUCAGUUCAGCUUGAGCAAAAGAGGGAACAGAAAAACAUUGGAACAACAUUGGCAGUUGAUCAUCGUUUGGCCGUGUCAAAUGGCACUGAAAAUGAGAUGGACAGAAAUGUAAUACAGAAAAUCAAUGCAGCGAAAGAGAUCCGAAUGUGCAUGCAGAGCUACACAGAAGAUGGUAAUGCACAACAGGAAAUAAACACAGACUUUCAGGUCGCAAUCCAAAACUUCAGGGGGAAGGAGAAGAAUGUUGUGGACACAGCCCCUGUGCUGCCAAAUAAGAUCAAAGUAAUUCGGGAAAAGGUCAAUCUCCAAGAACCCUACUCCCCAACUACGACAGAUAGACUUUCAAUGAGCCAACAUGACAUUGACACGCUGCCAGGAGGAGCAUCCAUAACAGUGACGAGCUGCCAAGAGGAGCAUCACCAGAGACCUGAGGACAAAGUAGUUCUGAGGAAGAAGAAAGAAAAGAAAGAGACCGAGGACCAGCGACGUCAGAGGCUGUCUGUUCACAAAGAUGACAUUAUGAGAGGGAACGUGAAGGCAGCGAUGGAGAUAUUUGAGAAUCUGAGGAAACGAGAGGAACUCAAGACGAUCCUGUCUCAAGUUCAAGAGAUAGAGGGAGAGACCAGGGAAGUGGAUGUCAGUUCAUUAAAGAGCUUAUUCGAGAAUGUACCUGCUUGGAUAGUCACGCCUUGUAAACAUACAAAGCAAAGUCACACAAAAGGGGAAAUGAAAGUUGAAAUAGAGUCAGUGAGCAAUGAUAUGGAAAGUGGAUCUUCGGUAGAGACUGUAUUCGGAGACCUAGAAAAGGCAAGCAAAGAUAUAAUGCAUUUGAAAGAGCAGACGUUAGCAAAACUUAUUGACAUAGAGGAGGCAAUCAGAAAGGCUUUGUAUUCUGUAUCCAAUUUAAAAUCCGAGGCUGAUAUCGCAGGUUUAUCAGGACUCUUUAACGAAUCUUUGCAGACCGAGCAAAGCCAUCAACCCACCAACAACAUAAGAAAAAUCAGUAUCGCAUCCACCAAGGCCACUAAGGCCAAAACAGAACCAGCUAGGGAGGCAUCUGAGGGGAAAACUAAAGGUGUAUCAGGAUCGGCAAAAAGAUCAGAGUCAGCCUCACUCUCUCCGGUACUUGACAAGCCCCAAAUCAAACAAUGGUCUACCUCCCCAUCCUCUCCAUCAUUCAUCUCCAUUCACUCUGCUGCCAGGAAGCCUGCAGAACAGCCAAAGUCACCGCAGUCACAGUUCUCAUCAUUCAAGCCUAAACCAGAGCGGUGUCCUUCCCCAAGCUCCCAUGGAGCCAAUGGUGACCUGGGUCAACGAUCUGCCUCUGAUUCCCCAAACCACUUCUACAGUCCUGCUAGUCCAAGACGAAAGGUCAGCAUACUGGAGGUGCAAACUGUCCCUGAGACUGUUCCUGCCGGAAUCAUUGGCACAAAGACUGUCAGUGAGAAAUACGAGGAGAUGGACUGCUUCGGUAACACAUUUGUCUCGUCAAAGACUUCGACGUUUGUCACGAAGCACUCUGAGAAGUUUGGAGUAGUCACCAGUCCAACCAGGUAUGAAGUCGUGACAUCCCCUAUCAUGCAAAAGUCCGGUCAUCCCUUUUCAGAAAAUGCUCAGUCCAACGCCAAAGAGGGUGGUACGGUUUUUGUAACAUUUGGUCAAUCAAAACGUGGAAAACUUUGAAAUGACACAUUUAAUGUAGCAUGGUUUGCAAAAAUAAUUUCAUUGAUGUAUUAUUGUAACCCACAUGUAUCCAGUAUGACCCAUUUAGUUAAUUAUGUCAUAUAAAUAUUUCUUCUUAGCUGCAGAUGAUGUUAUCAUAAUUAUUAAAAGAUUUGUAAUAGACAGUAUUGGUGUUAAAUUGUGUCUCAUGGACUUUUUGAACUGUAACCAUAGUCAAAUGUUUAAUCCUUUUAUCAAAUAAUUGCAAUAUGUUU